GAAUUUUUCUGAUGUCAAGAGAAACUCAUUAACCCCUUUACUCUAACUUACACAUCCAAACGCCUUAAUCAUUUUGUUCAUUCUUCUAAAUAAUCGCAAGCAUCAUCUACAAUGUAAAUCUCUUUUAAUUUUCUCCUUCACUCUCAGUUGCUCUAUAAUUAUGUGUGAUUUUAGUAGAAAUUCUCAAUAAGUAAAGUGUUGGCACCUCCGCAUGAAGCACGAGAUAGUGGGCCCAGACUAGCUGUUUGGCCCAUGCCGGUAGAUGUAACAGGCGUAAUCCGAUUGGCCCAACGCGGGUAAACUUUCGGAUUUCUUAACCACAUACACACAUGACACAUGUAAGGCUACACUUUUGGUUGGAUAACGUCCUAAAUGGACCCCACAUCAAUGUUCCACGCUGGAAAGUUCCAUGUCUCAAUUGUACAUGUCAUCUUCCCAAUUGGGUAAAAACUAGAGCUAUGCAUGACUCAUGCUUCAGAAUCUAAUUGUACAAUACAUACUGCAAUAAUAGGAAGAAUAAGAAUAGAUGUGUAGAAGAAGAAGAAAGAAGCAAAAAUCAUCAUCUCCUUUCCAAACAAGAUAAACAAUACUUGUUUACUUUCUCUUUUGGAUCAAUUCAAUUCAAUUCCCUCUCUCUCUCUCUCUCACUUGUUGAUUUUAUUACUAGUAAACUAUCAUAGGAAAACUUCAUAUAUAACAUGGUAUUUCCCCUACUACAAAAGGCCUCUACAAGCAACUGUGAGAUUUCAUAAUUUCAGAGGUUUUUUCAUGUUUAAAAUUUGCAACCAAAGAAAUGGAGAAAGUUUGUGAAUUCUGCACAGCACUAAGGCCACUUGUUUACUGUAAUGCUGAUGCAGCAUAUCUUUGUCUAUCCUGUGAUGCAAAAGUUCAUUGGGCAAAUGAAUUGUCUGGCCGGCACAUCCGGACCCUUGUGUGUAACUCGUGCAGAUGCGAUCUUGCUUAUGUUCAGUGUUUGGAUCACAAAAUGUUAAUCUGUCGAGACUGUGAUCAAAAGUUGCACGAUAGUUCUUCACCGCAUCGCAAACGAGCUGUCAAAACUUUCAUCGGCUGCCCUUCUGCUAAAGAGUUUGCAGCACUUUGGGGAUUUGAGUUUAAGGAGAUUGAAAAGAGUGAUGUCAGUCGGAAGGAUCAGUUUGCAGUUGCGUCUAUUUCUUCUGUUUUUACGGAUGUGAAUGUGAUCAAGCAUCAUCGCAUUCAAACUAGGGUCGCUUCGACAGCAUCUGCGACUAAACUUGAUAAGGGAUCCAGCAGUCAACAAGGCCAGGUAUUGUACCGUGAUCAAGAGCGGCAAACUAUUCUGCAACAGAUUGUUGAUUUAAAACGGUUUCAGCUAAAUGAGGAGAUUCACCAUUCUACAAAGGUAAAUGGACUACAAGUGGAUGACAAAUUCAAUCAGCAAGUACAAAAUUCCCAUAAUUUUGCUACUAAUCUUCUGGGAGAAAACAAUACUAUUGCGGAGCUGAAUCCCGAAACUUUCUCUUCGGCAUUUUCUCAACUUGAUAAUUUGUCUUCAUCUUCAAUUAUGGACCUUCCUUUGCAUGGAGAGUUAUUUUGGACUUGCAAAGGCUCACUUCAAAGUAAUCAGGUGUGGCCGCAAAAUAUUCAAGACCUGGGAAUAUGCGAAGAACUUGUUUGUGGAGACGAUUUUAACAUACCGGAUGUUGACUUAACAUUCCAAAACUACGAGGAACUAUUUGGAGGAGAGCAAGAUCCAAUUAGAGGAGUAAUGUUUGGUGGAAAAGAUGUCACUUGCUCUUCUUUGGAGAAUGAUAUUGACAAUCCAAGUGCAAUGGAGGUCAGAAAUUCAACAACCUUCACUUAACACAUUUUCACUUCCUCUCAGCAAGAGGAAAAUUUGAAGAAACUCCACGAGUUUAUACAUUGAAUUAUGUUGACAUAAAUUCAUAUUGUUGUCCAUUAUUAUUGGUCGUGCCAAAUAUUUAUUUGGAAACCAUUCAAAUGUAAUUUCAUUUAGAAAAGUUACCAUACAUACCACCAAAAAAUUGUUGCAGUCCAGAUUCAGAAACCAUGCUAAUAUGUUACUUUGAAACGGUUGCCAGUUUCAUGUUAUAGAAAGAAAGAUUCAAUAAAAUUAUUUUUUGGCACGCACAA